ACCCGUUUUUAUUUUCAUUUAUUUUUUUAAAAGAAAAAUAAUAAUAAAGUUCCCGAACCCAAGCGAAAAUAGCUUUACAGUAACAAGCUAAAAGAAACUCCCUCUCCCGCAUAAACCCUAAUUCUCCCAUUUUGAAGAAGUGAAUUUUGGCGAUUAAAAAAAAAUGCCAGACACGCAAGCUCUCGUCAAUGAUUUUCUUAACAAGCUUAAAAAACGUAAGAUUGAGGGUUCACAAGCAACAGCGAAGCAGACAGCGGAACUGCUUCGGUCAGUGAUUUCUCAAACUCGAAUGCCUUAUACAAACCAGGCUGCUGCUUUGAUUCAUUCGGUUAAAGCUGUUGGAGAACGAUUGAUUGCUGCAAAUCCUGUCGAGCUUGCUGUGGGUAAUGUUGUGAGGCGUGUUUUGCACAUUGUCAGAGAGGAGGAUCUUUCUCUGACAACAGCUGCUAUGGCUGGAUUGAACUUAUCUGCCGAAAGUGACGAUGAAGAUGACACUGAUAGAGACAACCACCCAGCGUUAUCGGCUGCUGCCAUUGCUGCUGCUUCUAGAAGCACUUUACGUCCACCUUCCUUGCAGACAUUACUUGAGGAUGUGCCUGACUCUGCAGCAGUUCCUCAUACAUCUUCUUCUGGCGGAGAUUCUGAGGGAAAAAGCAAAUCUGCUGACAAAAGUUCAAGAAGUCGGAAGCUGAAGCAUGAUGUCAUUGAAGCAGUCAAUGAGCUUAUUCAAGACAUUAGUACUUGCCACGAACUGAUUGCUGAGCAAGCAGUAGAGCAUAUACAUCAAAAUGAGGUGAUAUUAACUUUAGGCAGUUCAAGAACUGUGUUGGAAUUUCUUUGUGCUGCAAAAGAGAAGAAACGAUCAUUUCGGGUAUUUGUUGCUGAAGGUGCUCCAAGGUAUCAGGGGCAUCUUCUUGCAAAAGAAUUGGUUACUAGAGGUCUACAAACUACUCUGAUUACUGACUCUGCAGUUUUCGCCAUGAUUUCCCGAGUAAACAUGGUUAUUGUUGGAGCUCAUGCGGUCAUGGCUAAUGGUGGGGUCAUAGCACCAGUUGGGCUGAACAUGGUUGCCCUUGCUGCUCAGAAGCAUGCUGUCCCAUUUGUUGUACUUGCCGGCAGUCACAAGUUAUGCCCCUUGUAUCCACAUCACCCUGAAGUGUUGCUGAAUGAAUUGCGGUCCCCAUCUGAGUUGCUAGAUUUUGGAGAAUUCUCGGAUUGCUUGGAUUUUGGAAGUGGCAUUGGUGCCCCUCUUCUUCAUGUUGUCAAUCCAACAUUCGACUAUGUGCCACCGAAGCUUGUUAGUCUCUUUAUAACUGAUACCGGAGGGCAUAAUCCAUCAUACAUGUACCGCCUGAUUGCAGAUUAUUACUCUGCCGAUGAUCUUGUACUGGAACGAAGAACUACUUCAGGAAAUUAAGUUUACAGUGCCAAGUUAUACCGCUCUACUUCAGAUUGUUUCUAUGUGGAGAAGAUAUGAAUUCAAGUGGGAGAGUAUGAAAACUAACUGCACUGAGCAAUACCAUUUCUGGAGGGAACUUCAUUAUAUAUCAUCAAUACAAGGAAUUGACUUGGACAAACGCAACGAUAGAAAAGUGGGUUUUUGUGAUUGUGGAGAGAGAUAGGAGUAGGAAGUAGAAGAGAGAGAAAUGAAGAGAAGGUAAUAUAUCUUUAAUCUUUGUAUCGCCAUGAAAAUUCCUCAACAUUCAACUGUAUGAAAACUCAUGCAUGGAACUACUGUUGUAGUACUGUUGGCUUGAAACUUGAUUGAUGAUGGUGGUACUGGAGAUGCAUCUCCCUUUUGCAUUUUACCUACCAAUUUUCAUAAAUUUAUAUACAAUAAUGGAAGGUGUGCCCAUAUGGAUUGAGCUUUGGAA